AUGCGAUUGGACGAGUGUCGACUGGAGCUGUCGCAACACACGAACGACAACCUAGUGCUUCAAGUGCGUCAUUUCCAGGUGUCGCCAGGCAUUCGCAACAACACCUAUACGCUGUACAUGCUGCAGGAGGAACGGAACAAGUGCAUCGGCGCCGUGCAGAAGGUGGCGAACAUGAUCAAUCGCCGCGACCCCAAGAUCCACCACGACGUGCGCCUGUCCGUCUUCGUGCUCGCCGAGGUGGUAGACAACGUGCCCAACCCGCAGAGGAUCAGCGGCGCGCGCCCUUCACCUCGCGUCGCGGGCGUAGAGGCCUGGUGGUGGGCGUGCGCGACUGCCGUGGUCCUGGCGGCGUUCGGGAGAGAGCACACGAGCCUAGGAGGGAAGCUCUGCCACUUGUGAUACUGCUAGAGGGAAACCGCUUCCUAGAUAAGCUCCUAUGUGUGGUUUCGGCUCAGCGGAGCUUGUGAUAAGGGAGAGGGAGGCGAGAGGCUGUGCAAAUAAGGAAAAGCUCUUCAAGGAGAGUUUGCGCUCUCCGCCGCCCACGAGAGGCGAAGCGGAGGCAUGCCAUGCGGAAGUGAGGUCCUCGCGGCCAGACUGUACAGACUCUCUUCCGUCGGCUUAGGCUCUGACGCCAUGAACCGUGACUGCGAACCGGUCAUGAUGUGCUUGCUUGCGUUCAAGACACGCCGCUGGAUGGUCAUGGCAUAUGGACCUGCGGACGGAAUCCACACCGGGGGCCGCCGCAGCCUGCUUCUGUUCGGUGUCACUCGUAGUUACGUGUUUAUGACCUGCAGUUGUGUGGUAACCUGUUAAUGACCCGCAACUGUGUGGCAAC